AUGACACCCUACGAGCAAGAGAUCUUCUUCGCCACUCGCCGUGGUACCAGGCUUCUCAACAUGUCUGAUUUCAGGGAUGUUUCUAGGUCUAAUUCUUGGGAUUACUCUGCUUUCGUAAGGACUUACGCCUUGUACCUCGACGAAAGGCUUGAUUUCAGGAUGCAAGCGAGACACGGGAAGCGUGGAGUUUACUGCAUUGGAGGAGAAACCGAUGGAGAUGAGAAAGAUCAAGCCGCGCCUGAUCUCUCCACGGCUAUCGUGGUCAGGUCACAACCUAUCGCCGAGAUGAAAACAGAGCAGAUUUUCAUCAGAAUUCAACAUUUGCAGCAACUUCUUGACCGUUUCUUGGCUUGUCGUCCAACAGGUAACGCGAGGAACAACAGAGUUGUAAUUGUGGCUCUCUAUCCAAUAGUGAAGGAGAGUUGUCAGAUAUAUUACGAUGUAACAGAGAUAAUGGGGAUUUUAAUCGACCGAUUUAUGGAGUUAGAUAUUUCUGAUUCCAUCAAGGUCUAUGACAUUUUCUGCCGGGUUUCUAAACAGUUCGAAGAGCUUGAUCAGUUCUACUCUUGGUGCAAGAACAUGGGGAUCGCACGGUCUUCUGAGUAUCCAGAGGUAGAGAAGAUCACACAGAAGAAGCUUGACCUCAUGGAUGAGUUUAUAAGAGACAAAUCUGCUUUAGAACAGACCAAGAACACAAAAUCUACUAAAUCUGAGGCUGAUGAAGAAGAAGGUGAUGCGAGAACAGAUGAAGUUAAUGAAGAGCAAGAAGAUAUGAAUGCAAUCAAGGCCUUGCCCGAACCUCCACCAAAAGAAGAAGAAGAGGAAAAACCCGAGGAAGAAGCAAAGGAAGAAGUGGUAAUAGAGAAGAAACAAGAAGAGACGAUGGGUGAUUUGCUAGAUCUUGGGAAUACAAACGGCGGUGAAGGAGCAGAAGCUGGAGAUAGCUUGGCAUUGGCUUUAUUUGACGGGCCAUACGCGAGUGGUUCAGGUUCAGAUUCUGGUCCAGGAUGGGAAGCGUUUAAGGAUGAUUCGGCCGAUUGGGAAACAGCUUUGGUGCAAACAGCAACAAACUUGUCCGCACAAAAGUCGGAACUCGGAGGAGGCUUUGAUAUGUUGUUGCUUAACGGAAUGUAUCAGCAUGGCGCUGUAAACACAGCCGUGAAAACAUCGACGGCUUAUGGAGCCAGCGGAAGCGCAAGCAGUAUGGCGUUCGGUUCUGCAGGAAGACCAGCAGCGACUAUGCUGGCACUUCCAGCACCCGCAACGGCAAAUGGAAACAGCGCAAACAAUAGCAGUCCGGUUCCCAUGGAUCCAUUUGCAGCGUCAUUGGAGGUUGCGCCGCCACCAUACGUGCAAAUGAAUGAUAUGGAGAAGAAACAGAGGAUGUUGAUGGAAGAACAGAUGAUGUGGGACCAAUACUCUAGAGAUGGAAGACAAGGACACAUGAAUCUAAGGCAAAACCAAAACCAAAACCAAAACCAACCUUACUCUUACACACCUCAAUACUGAUUGUGAGCCGUAGAUGGAGCUCUUCUUAAGUUGUGUCAGCUUUUUGUUUUGUCUACCAAUCAGUUUGGUCUCAUAGAUCUACAAAUGGCUUUGAUCUUUUUGCAAAUACAUUUAUUUACUAAUGGCUUCUGUAAUUGUAAUAUCUGGUUUAACUUUAAAAGAAAAACCUUCAAUAUU